GUCGGCGUCUUCCGAUUGGGAAGCCAAGGAAGAGAAGGCGGGGCACGGCCAAGCCGGCCCCAGGACCCUGCGCGGCGUAGCGGAGGGCGCGUUUGACUGACAGGCUGAGGCGGCGAGGUAGCGACGGCAGGUUCCCUGCCGGAGGUCUGCACUCACUCCUGCCUGCCACGGCCCACCACUGUCCACUGCCUCGGAGAAUGCAGAUGUUGGCUGUUUCCUGGGGGUGUCGCUGUACACAGAGGUGAGCCCGGGCCAUAAUGGGGGACGCCAGGGACCUUUGCCCCCACCUUGACUUUAUAGGGGAGGUGACCAAGGACGACUUGCUGCUCAAAUCUAAGGGAACCUGUCAGUCGUGUGGUGUUACUGGUCCGAACCUGUGGGCCUGUCUGCAGGUCGCCUGCCCCUACGUUGGCUGCGGAGAGUCCUUCGCUGACCACAGCACCACUCAUGCGCAGGCCAAAAAGCACCACCUGACAGUGAAUCUGACUACGUUCCGGGUGUGGUGUUACGCCUGUGAGAAGGAGGUGUUCCCAGAGCAGCGGCUGGCGGCUCACCUGCCAGGCUCCUCGCCCAAGUUCUCCGAGCAGGACCCUCCGCUGCCCUCCCACCCUCUGAAAGCUGUUCCUAUUGCCGUGGCUGAUGAAGGAGAGUCCGAGUCCGAAGACGAUGACCUGAAACCUCGAGGUCUCACGGGCAUGAAGAACCUCGGGAACUCCUGCUACAUGAAUGCUGCCCUGCAGGCACUGUCCAAUUGCCCUCCGCUGACCCAGUUCUUCUUGGAGUGUGGUGGCCUGGUGCGCACAGACAAGAAGCCAGCCCUGUGCAAGAGUUACCAGAAGCUGGUCUCUGAGGUGUGGCACAGGAAACGCCCAAGCUAUGUGAUUCCCACCAGCCUGUCCCACGGGAUCAAGUUGGUCAAUCCGAUGUUCCGAGGCUAUGCCCAGCAGGACACCCAGGAGUUCCUGCGCUGCCUGAUGGACCAGCUGCAUGAGGAGCUGAAGGAGCCUGUGGUGGCGGCAGCAGCGGCACUGACAGAGGCUCGGGACUCGGACUCGAGCGACACAGAUGAGAAGCGGGAGGGCGACCGGAGCCCGUCUGAAGACGAGUUCCUGUCGUGCGACUCGAGCAGUGACCGGGGUGAGGGUGACGGGCAGGGUCGUGGCAGUGGCGGCUCGCAGGCCGAGACGGAGCUGCUGAUCCCCGACGAGGCCGGCCGCGCCAUCUCUGAGAAGGAGCGGAUGAAGGACCGCAAGUUCUCCUGGGGCCAGCAGCGCACAAACUCCGAGCAAGUGGAUGAGGAUGCUGAUGUGGACACCGCCAUGACCGCCCUUGGCCACCAGCCCCCUGAGGCUCAGCCACCGUCGCCGCGGUCCACCAGUCCCUGCCGGACACCAGAGCCGGACAACGAGGCCCGCAUGCGCAGCGCCUCUCGCCCCUGCAGCCCCGUCCACCACCACGACGGCCACACCAAGCUGGCCAGCAGCCCUCCUCGUGCGAGCCCUGUGAGGAUGGGGCCAUCGUAUGUGCUCAAGAAAGCCCAGGUGCCGAGUGCCGGCAGCCGGAGGCGGAAGGAGCAGCGCUACCGCAGCGUCAUCUCGGACAUCUUUGACGGCUCCAUCCUCAGCCUCGUGCAGUGUCUCACCUGUGACCGGGUGUCCACUACGGUGGAGACGUUCCAGGAUUUGUCGUUACCCAUUCCUGGCAAGGAGGACCUGGCCAAGCUCCACUCGGCUAUCUACCAGAACGUGCCAGCCAAGCCAGGCGCCUGUGGGGACAGCUAUGCUGCCCAGGGCUGGCUUGCCUUCAUCGUGGAGUAUAUCCGACGAUUCGUGGUAUCCUGUACCCCCAGCUGGUUUUGGGGGCCGGUCAUCACCCUAGAAGACUGCCUCGCUGCCUUCUUUGCUGCUGAUGAGCUGAAGGGUGACAACAUGUACAGCUGUGAGCGGUGUAAAAAGCUGCGGAACGGGGUGAAGUACUGUAAGGUCCUGCGGUUGCCUGAGAUCCUGUGUGUUCACCUGAAGCGCUUUCGGCACGAGGUGAUGUAUUCCUUCAAAAUCAGCAGCCACGUGUCCUUCCCCCUUGAGGGGCUUGACCUGCGCCCCUUCCUCGCCAAGGAGUGCACGUCCCAGAUCACCACCUAUGACCUCCUCUCGGUCAUCUGCCACCACGGCACGGCAGGGAGUGGCCACUACAUUGCCUACUGCCAAAACGUGAUCAACGGGCAGUGGUAUGAGUUCGAUGACCAGUAUGUCACUGAGGUGCACGAGACGGUGGUGCAGAGUGCAGAGGCCUAUGUCCUCUUCUACAGGAAGAGCAGCGAGGCGGCCGUGCGGGAACGGCAGCAGGUGGUGUCCCUGGCCGCCAUGCGGGAGCCCAGCCUGCUGCGCUUCUACGUGUCCCGAGAGUGGCUCAACAAGUUCAACACCUUCGCUGAGCCAGGGCCCAUCACCAACCACACCUUCCUCUGCUCCCACGGAGGCAUCCCGCCCAACAAGUACCAUUACAUCGACGACCUGGUGGUGAUCCUGCCCCAGAACGUCUGGGAGCACCUCUACAACAGGUUUGGGGGCGGCCCUGCCGUGAACCAUCUGUACGUGUGCUCCAUCUGCCAGGUGGAGAUCGAGACACUGGCCAAGCGCAGGCGGGUGGAGAUCGACACCUUCAUUAAGCUGAACAAGGCGUUCCAGGCCGAGGAGUCGCCCGGCGUCCUCUACUGCAUCAGCAUGCAGUGGUUCCGGGACUGGGAGGCCUUCGUCAAGGGCAAGGACAACGAGCCCCCCGGGCCCAUUGACAACAGCAGGAUCGCGCAGGUCAAAGGGAGUGGCCACAUCCAGCUGAAGCAGGGUGCUGACUACGGGCAGAUUUCAGAGGAGACCUGGGCCUACCUGCACAACCUGUAUGGCGGCGGCCCUGAGAUUGCCAUCCGCCAGAGUGUGGCCCAGCUCCAGGACCCAGAGAGCUUACACGGGGAGCAGAAAAUUGAAGCUGAGACCCGGGCCGUGUGACUUGGUGGGCCGUGCCCACGUUGUCACUACCAUCGUUGUCGUGUCCCCAUCCCAAACUGCCUACUCGCUAGCUCAGGCCCAGCCUUUGUCCCUGGAGCUCUCAGUCGGGCUGUGGCCUUGGGACAGAGGGUCGGGGACUAGCUGCUGCGUCACAGGCAUUGCCCACCGGGAGCCUGGUCCAGCAUCCGAGACCCACAGGCAGUACUGAAGCUGGCGAGCAGCGUGCCCAGUGCCCAGGCAGCAAGGAUGCUGCCGCUUGUCACUGGAGCCACUUCCUCCUGAGGCCCCGCCUCACCCCUGCAGCUCCCAGUUGUCACAAAAAGACUCCGGAAUCCUGCUGCUCCCAGUGGUUUGGCUGCAGACUAACGACUCAUGAGCUUGGGACCGGGUCGGGGGGCUGUUUCUGGAGGCAGCUGGUCCCCUUCACCCUGUGCUGGUGAGCUGGCCCCGGGGAUUGGCUUUAACUUGCCCCUGGCAGGGAACCGGAUGACAAAACAAAAUAGUUCGUUGUGCUAUCGUUUGCCACUCAUGGCUUCCAUGGGGGCUGAAGUCAGAGAACAGUACUGCCCUUCGUCCCCAACACUGUCCAGCUGCGUGGAGAAACUGCCCACGCAGGUGUGGCACUGGGGCAGUUCUCACACCUAAGCCCCAGGAGUGUGUCCUCCGGAUGCUGAGCGAGGCCACUGCUGGGGUGUUGGGACCGCAGAGCACAGCUUCCGGUGGCACUUCCAGUGGCAUGGAAGCCCCUGGACGAAACAGCAGGGGGCGAGAUGCUCACCUCGUCAGGACCAAAGCGAACAUGGGGGUGGGGAAGGGUCCUGGGAUCAAAGCCCCCAAAUACUGUGGCCUUCAGCCUCUGCAGAAGCAGAUGUCAUGGAAAUUGCAGCAGGCAGUUCUGGCAGAGCCCCUGAAGCUCUUGCAACAUGUCACCCACGGCUGUGAUCUCGUUCUACCGGAUCCGGUUCCUCCCCCACCGACAGACAGCAUGCGAUCAAAGAACAAGACACUGUUGGAAUUUCUUGACAUUUGCUACAGUCUUUUGAAAGUUGCUGCUACAGCCAGAGGCGACCCCACUGCAGGGCUGUGUGACGAGAGAUUCCGCGAUGCAGGCUGUUAUCUCGCCCCACGUCUGUGCGGUCUGGCCUGUGUUCAGGGUGUCAUAAUAAAUCCAUACGCGUCCCCCACAGGCUGUGCUGUUAUCUCUGCA